ACGUUUUUCUGCUGGUGUGAGACUCGUCCCUGCGUCUGUCUCCACUGGUGAGGAGCCCUGAUGUCCAGAGACGUCACUGGUGCGUGAAGCUCCAUCUCCAGAACGCACCAGGAAGACAUCACUCAACCUUAUGUGAGCAUCAACUUUUUAUUGGACUCAGUCAUUUUGUGGAAUCUCGUCUCUUUGCUGUUGGGGACAGACAGGAGGUGGACAGGAAGAGGAGAAGGACAAAUCCACUGUGUGAAUAUUAAUGUGAACAGAUGAAAGAACCCUGAGGAGAUGUUUUAGAAAUCUGUGAAUAUAAAAUCCAGCCUGAGAGAAGAGAGGAGCGUAGACUCAGACACUCACAGGGUUUUUUAAUGAUGUCAGAAAGUGAAGCAUCAGUGGAACAUCAUAAACCAGUUUGAGUUCCCUGGACCUGCGACUGGAAGCUGUGGCUCUCACACUGUGAAUCUGAGUGUUUACUGGUCACAGGCUGAGCUCUUGAUGGAUCUGAAUGAAUCUGAAUUAAGCUCCGGGAGCAGUGACACACCCUGUGUGACGACAUGAAGGGAAACACUCAAAUGUUUCUCUGAAAACCUGACUCAUAUUUCUUCUGCGGACUUUGCCUCAGAACAGAUUCUCAGUUGGACCAGGUUCCAUGUAACUGUCUCUCCAGCAUGGAGAACGUGUCCGUCCCCGACGGGUCCCUGCCGGUCUGCAACUCCUCUGUGGACUUCUACUCUCUCAGCUCAGGAAACCGCUCGGACCUGAACUGCACCCUCCCCUCUGAGUUCUAUCUGUACGCGGACCUCUACAUCCUCAUCCCCAUCAUCUACUCGGUGAUCUGUGCCGUGGGACUCACGGGCAACACGGCUGUCAUCUACGUGAUCCUCAAAGCUCCACGGAUGAAAACUGUCACCAACAUGUUCAUCCUGAACUUGGCCAUCGCGGACGACUUGUUCACGUUGGUUCUGCCGAUCAACAUCGCCGAGCACCUGCUGCACCACUGGCCUUUCGGGGAGGUUCUGUGCAAAGUCAUCCUCAGCAUCGAUCAUUACAACAUCUUCUCCAGUAUCUCGUUUCUGACGGUGAUGAGCAUCGAUCGCUACCUGGUGGUCCUGGCGACAGUGAGGUCCAAGCGAAUGCCUUACCGCACCUACCGAGCAGCCAAGAUCAUCUCGUUGUGCGUCUGGAUCCUGGUCAUCCUCGUGGUGAUGCCCUUCACCGUGUUCGCCGGCGUCUACGUGAACCCACACGACGAGAGGGAGAGCUGCGUGCUCAGCUUCCCCAGCCCCGAGAGGCUGUGGUUCAAAGCCAGCCGGAUCUACACCCUCAUCCUGGGCUUUGCCAUCCCGGUGUCUACCAUCUGCAUCUUAUACACCAUGAUGCUCUACAAGCUGAGGAACAUGCGCCUCAACAGCAAUGCCAAGGCACUGGACAAGGCCAAGAAGAAAGUGACCAUCAUGGUGUUCAUAGUUUUGGCCGUCUGCUUGUUCUGCUGGACCCCGUUCCACCUCAGCACCAUCGUGGCCCUGACCACGGACCUGACCACCACGCCCCUGCUGAUCGGAAUCUCUUACUUCAUCACCAGCCUGAGCUACGCCAACUCCUGCCUCAACCCGUUCCUCUACGCCUUCCUGGACGACAGCUUCCGGAAAGCCUUCAAGAAGAUGUUGGAGUGUAAACCGGCCUGAAGGUUGAAGCUGUGGACGAGCUGAGCGAGUGAGGACAGACUGAAAGACUGAAGCUCAGAUAUGAGGCCCCUGGGACUGUCUGCACAUGAUGUCAGCGUCCAGCUCGAACAUUAAAACUAAAUAUAAUGCACAUGACAUUCCACAUGUGAGACUAUAAAUGCUUUUAUUGCACAGGACAGAAACACAGCAGAACAUUGCUGAGUCCAGUUUCGUGGCUGUUCUUGUGUCACACUUGAAUUUAAAUCCUCAUCAGUCCGACCCAGUGGAAGCUAAUUGAAAACCACUUGUGUGAGGCAGGAUGCUUUAUAGUCACAUCUGGAAUACGAAUUAGCCAUGUGCAGCUUUUUAUGUCCCUGAGAGAAGAGGACUUAUUGUGAGUUGACAGAAGAGCAACCGGAAGCAGAGCGAGUGACAAACAGUGAUGACCUUUAACUGAAGAACGGGGUAACCUUCAAUCUGAUCGUUUAACAGGUUAAAGCCACAUUUUAAAUGUCAGACUUUUUUCAUGAUGGUUAAAAAAAGAUCCAAUUACGAGGCAGUGAGGGGAGGAGGGUCGUGACCUUAACUGGACUCAGAGCAAACAUCUGUGAGGGCCGGACAUCUGCUGAGGUCGGCACUGACUGGCAAGCUGUCAAUCAAAUCCACAGUGUGAGAGACUGUGAAACAAUCUGCCCUGAAGGAAAAGUCUGAAUUCAUUUUGUUCAAAUCAAAUUCAACCCUAACCAAUGUAAAUAUAAAGACAUGAUUGUAAAAGUCUGUAAAUUAAGACAUUUGUGAAUAAUCUGUGACACGUUUCCUUCAGAACCCUGAGACCAGUCCUGUAGUCCCAUUUGAGCCGUCAGCUAGCUUGUGGCGCCCCCUGCUGAUGACAUGCCGUCAUUACCUGAAGAUAUACAGCCAGUUCAGCCACUGUGAUCUGUGCAUGUUAUUAUAAUCUUUUCAUUUUCUAUUCCCGGCGAUUCACUCACAGCUUUUUUAAGAAUAGCAACAAUCCAUUGAGAUUCACAUCAUAAGAUCACAGACUCACUAUAGUGAAGAGAGGAAUGAAAGAAAGGCUUCUCUGUGUAAAAUCAUAUACAGUAUAAAUAUAUAUAUAUAAAACAUGUGUGUGUGUGUAUGUCUAUAUAAAAAGUGUA